UGAUAUGACAACUUUGACGUUUCGUUGCGAAGUAGAGUUUCGAAUUUGAAGAGCAAGCGAUUUUACUAUUUUAGUUUACUUUUAGCAGUCAUGUGUGGAAGAUUGUUAAUGUAGGUCAAUAAACUCAUACGUGAAAGUUUGGAGAAACGUCCUAAUUCCAUAUUGUGACCUACAGUAAUCAUCUGCAGCACAAACAAUGGCACUAUCUGCGGAAGAGUUCGUGAAUCAGUUAUUGACAGAAGAAGCGUUGGAAAAACCUUCGGACAAUGUGAAACCUGAAGAAUUAGAAAUGAAGUUGCCAGAUGACUUUGAUGCGGAAAAAUUCAACAGAGGCCGCCGCUUCUACUGGGACCACAGCUACUCGUUCUCCACAUCAAUGCUGUUGGGACUUGUGGCGGUGUUCGCGGUGCCUUCCAUCCUGAAGAUCCUGGUCAGCACGCGCCGCUCCAACUCCACAUACACCGCCUACAAGCGGUACCUGUCCACGCUGCUGCAUACCAUCACGUGGUUCGAGCACGACCUGAAGCCAGGAUCUAGGUCAUGGAAGUCCCUAUACGCGGUGCGUUCGCGACACGUGCGCGCGGGCAUGGCGGCCAAGCUCAAAGGCCUGGGCGUGGUGUCGCAGCGUGACGUGGCGCUCACGCAGUUCGGGUUCAUCGGCUUCUCCGUGCUGAAACCAGACAAGCUCGGCAUCCGACAGUUAAGGGAGGGCGACUGGGAGGCCUACAACUACUUCUGGCACGUCAUCGGGUAUAUGAUCGGGCUGGAAGAUAGAUACAACAUUUGCCGCAAGACAUUUGAUGAAACCCGCGAGGUGUGCCAGCUGUUACUCGACCGUGUCUACACGCCGUGCUUAGAGAACGUUCCGGAAUACUUCGAGCACGCGGCGCGAGUCAUGCUUGACGGCAUGUGGUCGGUCAACCCUACGGUGGACGAAGAGGCUACCUUGUACUUCUGCCGGUACUUGGCUGAUGUGCCCGGAUACAUUUAUACUGAGGACGAACGUGUAAAGCUACAGGAUAAAUUGAAGAAACAUUUGAAAGGAAAGCAGCCUGAUACCGGUGUGGAUUCUAAGCUGUUGAUGUCAAAACCAGGCGUCGACGGGCUGCCUGACCUUCCACCCAGACUCUUAUACGUCCAGGACUACGAUUCCCUCGACUCCGCCCCACAUUUCAAAAGGCUCAGCUUCAGAGGCAAAUACAAACUAGCCUUCAACUUCAUAGCGGCGGUGUUAUACACGACGUAUCUAGGCAGACUUUACUUCAACUGGAAUUUCUUGUACAGUCUAUUCCUCAUGAAGUACUUUCCAUAUCUUGCGUUCUUCAGAUUCGGAAUCAAAGCAUCUCUGAUAAACAUAUUCGAGGAGGACCCGACUGAUGACACUAGCUUGAUACCGAACGCGGAAUAUUACAACAAGAAAAAAGUUGACGAGCCCUGGUACAAGAUUCUAUGGUCCAUUAUUUGGUGGUAAUUUUUUUUAUAACUUGCAUGUUGUUUAUUUGACAAUGUGGCUUCAGUAAUAUCUGACCAUUAUAAUGGUCACUUUACAAGUAGCAUUUAUUGCGUAAAAUAAUGUAAUACGUUACGUAAAGAACCUUGCCAUAUUAUUAUGGCAUUAAUUUAUUUACCUUUAUUGAUAAUUUCAUUCGAAAAUGAGACAUAAUUCCAGUGUACUAGUGUUCAUUUCGUAGUAACUCUACCAGGUAUUCUUGCUAAUAAGAGUAUCACAAGUUCAGAUUAUACUGUAAAACAAUUUCGAGCUUAGGAAGGCGUGCCAAAGGAAUUGGAGCCUAUCGAAUCUUGUUUGCUUAGGCAUAAGGUAGUUUUGCGCUUGCAAGCUGUUGAAUCUUAUUUGCUAUAAGCACAUAGAUUUUUGAUGUUUUUAUCAUUAAUCACGUAAUUUUAUUGAAUGACAAGCAAUGCACAAUAUUUAGAUAAAUAGAUGACAUGGUCAUGAAUAGAGAGCUAAGGAAUUUAGAAUUAUGCAUUAGUAAAUUAUUAGAUCAAGUGGCCUUCCGCUGUUCAAAUUAAAAUCAAACUAUAGUAGUAAGUACAAUGUUAAGAUAUUAUUUAUGUUGUAUUCUAUGGACCAAUUAGUGGUGUUAAGUUUAUGUAAUUUAGAUUAACUUCAACGUCGUGUCACUAGGUAAGAAAUACUAUAUUAUUAUAUUUCCGAAGUAUUGUUCUAUUUUAAGAUAAAAGACAGCCACAAGCAAACGGUAAUUGUUAAAAAUGAAAUGUAGCAAUAAAAAUAUUUUAACGUUUUAAUGUAACAUACGCUACUUUAAAAUAGAUUGUUAAUAACAAUUUGUUAUAAUAAUAAAAAGGAUCGUAGAAAUUAUUGGUCAAAAAGAACAAUAAUUUUGUAUUGAUAGGCCAGUGAACUUUUGAGAAACAAUAAUUAAAUUAAAAAAUGUAAAGAUACGAUAGAGCAAAAGUUAGAUGUUUUAUUUUUAUAUUGCAAAAGUUAAUUCUAUACUUCUUUUUUAAUUUUAUUAUUUUCUUGUAAUCAAUUUAUAGAGACAUUGCGAUAUGAACUCAAUUUAAGGUCCGUAUAACGACACUUAAGUACUCUAUGGAUAAUAUUCUUACUCAAGCUCUAAACUCGAUUGAAAUAAAAGUUUAGAUCAAACCAGGUUGGUUCGAUUUAAAUAUAUUUUUUAUUUCUUUAAUUAAAGUGACCUGACUAUGUAGUGUAUUUUACAUGCGCUGUUCUGUACUUGCCGAAUUACCCAUACUAUGUAUAGCUUUUCAGAAAAAUAAUUUAAACUAACAGCUUAUUAUACGUAAAAAAUUACGGUAAUAUUUAUAUUAUUUUUAUCUAAGAGUUUUAAUUUAUUAUUAAUUCAUGAGAUUUUCAUACAUGACAUUUAAAAAUUUGUUUUAUCAUAAUUAUUUAAAUAUAAAACAAUCGAAUUAAAUUUAUAGCUUUUUAUAUUUCGUUUUUAUUAUUGUAAAUGGAAUAAGUUAUUAAUUGCUAAUCAUUCAUGACUAUACGUACGAAUGUAUUGUUGAUAAUUUGUUAAUGAAAUUGGGAUUGGGCUAAAUAUAGUAUUUGAAUUUUUA